AUGCAUUGACUGAUUGGCGUGGAUAGCGGGAUUCAGUCUGGAUUCAGUGUGUGCUGCGAGGUGACAUCAGUCCCGCUUUGUUGUAUUUUAGUGCUGCUUCUGUUUAUACGUGUAGUUAAGAUGUCCACAGAAGCUGAAGAAGUUAAAGCAACCGAAGAACCAACUACGGAGGAACAGCAGGAAAUGGACGAUACGGUAGCGAGUCCAGAGAAGACGGAGGAGGCCAAGCUGAAGGCCAGGUACCCCCACUUGGGCGCCAAACCGGGGGGUUCUGACCUGCUCCGCAAGCGGCUACAGAAGGGCCAAAAAUAUUUCGACUCGGGUGAUUACAACAUGGCCAAAGCCAAGAUGAAGAACAAGCAGCUCCCUGCGGCCACCACAGAGAAGGCGGAAAUCACUGGCGAACAUAUCCCCACCCCCCAGGACCUCCCGCAGCGCAAGACCUCCCUCAUGGCCAGCAAGCUGGCUGGCUGAAACCAGCUCCUAUUACACCUGCGCCUCAUUGUUUUUCCUCUCUUCCUCCCUUCUCCUCUCCCCGUCCUCUGCCCUUUACUCUGCUGUCUCUCCUCCUCCUCUCUUCCUGUCCCCCCCCACUUCCUCCCCCUCUCCUGCACAAGUGCUCUGAGCUGUGGGGAAGCAGACCAACUUCACCAGUGGUGACCAGUGCCCCCAGUCCUGUUGACCAGCGCCGCUUGAGAAUGAUGUUAUCAGCAUGAAUCGGCUGUAAAAGAGCCUUCUGUACUGUAGAUGUGGUGGUGAGGUGUUUGUAUCAUAUUUUGUUAUGAUAGAAUGAAGGCAAGAAUGAAGGCUCUGUAUGUUUAGUGUUUUAAAGUUGUAGGCUAAUUCCUGAAGAUGUCGUCUGCAUUAUGAGACUUCUACCUGGUUGUAUCUCACGGAUCCUCUGCGCACGUGUCCGCCUCUCCGACUGCUGUGAGGUGUCGGUUCCUUUCCCAUCUCUGAUUGAUGCUGUGAGGUGUCGGUUCCUUUCCAUCUCCACCUGGGAGCGUUUAUACUGAAGCCCACAGGCACUCUGAGCCUGCUCUCUCCCUCUCCAGUCACUCCACCUAGAAAUGGCCUUAAACCAUCACCGCCUGCGGUAUCUUGGGCAAUAUUUGUCCCUCUGUGCGUCCGAUCCGGAGUGUGUCCACUACGCUGUGCUUCAACUGAAAACAGCGCCAGUUCCUUUCGGUUGCCUGGAAACUUGUUAGAGAAUGAACUCAGAGGUGUGCACAUGCAUUUACUGUCACAUUUGUGCCAAUGUUUUUGUAAAUAAAAUAAUAAAAUAGUUUUUGCACUAUA